AUGGCGACGUCCAACAACAGAAUCCACGAGGAUAUCGAUCCUGUGCCUCAGCCGCCUGCGCAAGCACACACUGUCGCUGGCGGACGCGGCGACGAGAACGAGGCGCCUGCUGCGGCGGCGGAUGGACCUUCAGAGGCAGCGGCCCAAGAUGAUGUUUCGUCCGCAUCAGAUCAUGUCCAGGAGAAGGACACGACGCCAAAGCUCACAAAGUGGCAGAAGACCAAGGCACACUUUCGCAAGUUUUGGUGGGCAUAUCUCAUCGGCCUCAUCAUCCUACUUGCAAUCCUCCUGCCUGUCUUUUUCAAGGUGAUCAUUCCCGCCAUUGUCCAGAAUAUUGUCAGCGGACAGAAGCUGCCUGUCACGCAAGGCAACCUCAGGGCGCUGAGCCCAACCCAGCUCAGCAUCUCGCUCACGACAUCAAUGGACACGCCGCUCCCAGCCACCAUCAACGAGUUCAACCUGAGUCUGUACAACAAAGACGCAGGCCCAGACAAGGCGUUCUUGUCGCUCGAGCUACCCAAGCAAAAGGUCAACGGCAAGACUGAUCUGGACAUUGCGCAGCAGACGCAGACUAUCACAAACUACGACGAGCUCGUCAAAUGGUUCAACGGCGUCUUUGAUCUCAAGGAGGUGCCCGUGUCGGUCUACGGCAAGCCAAAGGUCAGCUUGGGGGCCCUGGAUUACCACCCCACCCUCGACAAGGAGAUCCAGGUCCCGGCGCUCAACUACCUGAAGGGCUUCGGCAUCGACACUCUGCGGCUCCAGUUGCCCCCAGCAGAGAACGGCUAUAACCUCAAAGGAAAGCUCAACCUCCCCAACCAGGGUGUUCUCACGCUCUUCCUCGGAAACUUAACCUUCAACCUCAAGUCGGGCGACCUGACCCUGGGCUACAUCAACAUUUACGACGUCGAGAUGAAGCCUGGCAUGAACACGCCCAACUUUGACGGCGAGCUUUACCUCAAGGAGCUGAUUCCCAAUCUCGCCACCAUCCUGGAUGACCAGAAGGCCGCUCUAUCCGAAGGUGUCGUCGAGUUCAACGCCACGGGAAACGCCACCAGAGUCAACGGCCAACGGAUCCCCUUCUUGGAGGAGGUGCUCGCGGCGAAGAAGAUCCGUGCCCGCAUCCCCGUCAUCGCCCUGAUUGCCGACGUCCUGAACGGAUUCCUGAGCGACGACGGGUCCAGUCUCAGUGAGCUCGCGGGCGAUGUGUUUGGCAACCAGACGCUGUUCGACAACAUCCUCGAGCACUGGGGCGACGACAACCCCACCGGCAAUGGGACGGCGCUGAAUAGCACGACGGCCGCUCUUGUGCGGGAGAAGUUGAGGAAGCGAUCUUCGUGGGGUUCCAUGGCAUUGAACGUCAUGAGGCUUGGGGCCAGGUCUAAGAAGCAUCACAAGUAG